AUGCAAGGGGACGAAUCGGCAACGACGCCAACGUCGGGAGCAGCCUCUGAUGAUGCAGUACGACGGUUUCGAAGUCCCGGCACGUUCGAUCCGGAGAAGGAGGACUGGAAGCUCUAUGAGAUUCGGUUCCAGGCAGCGCUUCAAGUAGCAAGGGUCAUCAACGACGCGGACAAAUUUGGACUUUUGAUUUCGUCGCUCAGUCCGGACGUUUUUAAACGACUCUACAACUUACUGCAGCCUCGGAUCGUCACAGAGGUACCUUUCAAAGACAUUACGGCCGUGUUAUCGGAACAUUUCACGCCAAAGUGCUUCAGAGAAUUUGAGAGGUUCAAGCUCUUCUCCGCGCGUCAGCAAGAGGGCGAACCCGUCAAAGACUUCGUUCAGCGCUUGUCUGCAAUAAUUUCCCGUUGCGAAUACGAAACGGAAACAGAUGUCAGAGCCUGUUCCUUACUAACUGCCUUUAUUGUGGGUCUCCGUGAUCAACGCAUUCGCGCCCGGCUCGUCCUCGAGAAGAGUCUGACUUUGGACACAGCGAUUCGGCUGGCUGAAAGCUCUUUGGCCGCAGAGGCUGAAUCGAAGCAGUUGCAUGCGGGGACGGACGUGCACAAGGUGACAGCCAGGAAUGCCAGCAAGGAGUCUUGUUUCAGGUGUGGAAAUUCCAACCACCACCAGGAAUCUUGCAGAUUUCGUAACGAAGAGUGUCACGCUUGUGGGAAGAUUGGCAAUAUUGCAAAGAUGUGCCGUACAUCCCAGCCACAGGCAAAACACAAGAAAGGCAAGAGGGUCCGCAAGGUGAAGCUUGUGACGGACGAGUUCCUUGCCGAUGAAGAGGACGGGAAGUUCCUUACUUGCAAGAUCAAGGACAAGCAGAUCGUUUUACAAGUGGAUACUGGUUCCCGUGCCACGCUUCUGGAUGAUCGGACGUACAAGAAAUUGGGCGAGCCAAGGCUACAUCCCUCUCCAGUCCGUCUACGCGCCUUCAACAAGAAUGAAAUUCCGCUUCGUGGGGCGGCAGACCUCCAUGUCUUCAUCGAUGGAAGAGAAGAAACCCUACCAGUUAUCUUCACCAUGAUGGAGCACACUAAUCUCCUUGGGCGAGAGUGGAUACGCAAGCUAGGCAUCAAUCUCAACGAGCUGUUUGUUGGUUCCAUUAGCUCAAUCGCUGCGUUGGACGAGAUUCUGGGGGCGUACGAAGAUCUUUUUCGCAAUCAGCUCGGUAGAUGUACCAAGACCUUGGUUCAUCUCCAUCUCAAAAACGACGCUCAGCCAAAGUUUUUCAAGCCUCGACCGAUUCCUUUUGCGACUCGUGAGGCAGUACAAGCUGACCUACAACGUCAGGUAAAGAAUGGCGUGCUGGAACCAGUCGAGGUGUCGGAAUGGGCUACCCCCAUUGUGGUUGUUCCGAGGCCGAAUGGAGCUGUUCGAGUCUGCAGUGAUUUCAGCGUCACAGUGAAUCCCCAGAUUGAGUUCGCGCAGUAUCCUUUGCGUCGAACGGAAGAGCUGUUGGCAGUGCUAAAUGGAGGCCAGAAGUUCACCAAAUUGGACUUGUCUGAGGCGUACCUCCAGAUGGAGUUGGAUGACGAAGUGAAGAGGAUAUUGCGCACAAUGGAGCAAGUGAUUGCCGGAAUUCCGUCUGUCGCUUGCUAUCUGGACGACAUAAUUGUCACUGGCAAGAACGACAUGGAGCAUCUCAAGAACUUUGAGCAAGUCUUAGAGCGCCUUCGACAGUUUGGUUUCACACUGAAGAAGGAGAAGUGUGCCUUCAUGCAGCACCAGGUGGAAUACUUGGGACAUGUUGUUACAGCGGAGGGAUUUCGACCAUCUGCCAAGAAGGUGUCGGCAAUUUUGAACAUACCUCCUCCCACGCAAGUGUCAGAGUUACGGGCGUUUCUCGGCAUGAUUCAGCACUACGCAAAGUAUUUGCCCUCGUUGGCGGACGCCUGCGCUCCGCUUAACAAUUUACUCAGGAAAUCUGUGCCAUGGCAAUGGUCGGCGUCUUGCGUGGAUGCGUUUGAGGCAAUCAAGAAGAUGCUGACUUCUGCCCAAAUUCUCACACACUAUGAUCCGCGCAAGGAGAUCUUCCUGGCCGUGGAUGCUUCUUCGAAGGGGCUUGGUGCAGUCAUCUACCAUCGUAUUAACGGCCAAGAUCGACCGAUUGCACAUGCAUCAAAGACAUUGACACCAGCUGAGACCAAGUACGCUCAGAUAGAGCGGGAAGCCCUCGCCAUUAUCUUUGGGGUCAAGAAGUUUCACCAAUAUUUGUGGGGGCGAAGAUUUACGCUUUUCACAGACCACAAGCCUUUAACGGUGAUUUUCGGGUCUAAAAAAGGCAUUCCCGUUACUACAGCAAGUCGUCUACAGCGGUGGGCAAUCAUCCUCAUGAGCUAUUCGUUUGAUAUACAAUUCACGUCUACGAACAACAUCGCCAAUGCUGAUGGACUAUUCAAGCUUCCAGAGGGCCCCGAUUUGACGUUUGAUGAGCAAAUGCAGCGAGGAAUUUUCAACGUCGAGGACGAAGUGAUUAACGCGGUACACGACUUUCAUAUGUCUACUCUGCCAGUCACCGCUAAGCACAUCGCAGACGCCACUCAGAAAGAUCACUGCUUGGCGCAAGUCUUCGAGUUUAUUGUCAAUGGCUGGCCAAAGAAUCCGGAGCCACAGUUUGCCAUAUAUUUUCAGAAGCGAACUGAGCUGACAUCUCACAGAGGAUGUGUCCUUUGGGGACUACGCACCGUGAUUCCGGAGAAGUAUCGAGCGGAUUUUCUGGACACUCUACAUAAUUGUCAUGUUGGACAGACCAAAAUGAAAAUGCUCGCCCGCUCAUACUUGUGGUGGCCAGGUCUUGACAAGGAUAUUGAAGCAAGGGUGCGACGUUGCGAUCAAUGUGCAUCCGUCGCGGCACAAGAAUCUCCGGUGCCACUUCAUCAGUGGGAGUCACCAGAGAAGCCCUGGUGUCGACUGCAUGCUGAUUUUGCAGAGCUGCAUGGGAAUCAUUAUUUUGUCUUAGUAGACGCUUUCAGCAAGUGGCCAGAAGUGGUGCGCAUGGUGUCUACCACAGCAAUCAAGACUAUUGAGGUGUUGAAAGACAUCUUUCUUCACAAUGGUCUUCCCGAGGUACUGGUGUCGGACAAUGGCCCUCCUUUCACCAGUCAACUUUUCGAACGUUUCUCGUCGGAACAAGGAAUUCAUCAUGUUCGGACACCUCCAUAUCAUCCGAAGUCGAACGGACAAGCAGAGAACUUUGUCCGAACUUUAAAAGCUGCGCUGUCCCGUUCAAGCGUGGAGGACAGGGAGGUUUUGAGAAGUUUUGUUUUCAAAUACCGGGUAACCCCACAUGCGUCGACAGGCCGUCCACCAUGUGAGUUACUCAACAAUCGUCAUUAUCGGUCCGUGCUGGAUCUUGUACGGCCCGCUGGUCCGUCUUCAUCUCCUCCUGCAACAGACGUCGCCGCUAAGGAACGUCAGAAGCGAUGUCACGACAAACGAGCACGAGACAGAUCUUUUGGGUCCAACACGUGUGUCUGGAUGCAUGACCCGCACAAGAAGGGACACUGGGGUAGUGCGACCAUUGUGGGCCAGGAGGGGAAGGUUAUAUUCCGAGUGCGAGACGCUGAGGGUAAGAUGCAUCGCGUACAUAAAGAUCAUCUGAAGCAAAGGGGAAGUCUUCAAUCCUGGGAGGACGAACUUCCUAGGGCAUCGCCUGCCUCUUGUCUCUCACCAGACUGCCUCUUGCCAUUCCCAGAAGUCGAUGACACCUUCACCUCCUGUAGCGACAACCAGACAUCAGCUGAACCGUCUCCCGUUCGCAGGCCAACGUCGGCACCAGGAAACGAAGCAACGGGACCGGACAGCAGUGUACGCCGCUACCCCUUACGGGAUCGUCAUCCUGUCGACCGCUACGGCUCGAUCUAA